UAUAUACAUGAUCUAUUAAGCAUGUAAGUUUGUUGAUUGACGGUUUUCGCCUUUCACUCCGGUUCCAUCCUCUGGUAUUUUAAACUCAUAAAGUAAGGAGUCGCCUGAUAAAGCAGGAUAUUUAAACCCUCCAGCCAGGCUUCCUACCCUCUAAAGAGUAUUUCCAACCCAACAGAAUUGACAGAGACUUCACUUAGAUACAGCAGGCUAAAUAUCGGGUACAUUUAUAUCGAGUUACAGAGCAACAUUCCAUAACUUAUUCAGUUUCGUUGGACAUUUUGCAUUCGUGUAAUCUUUACCCAAUUUUCUUUAGAAUUGUAAUAUAUCUUUUGUUUGAUCAGAGGAUAAAAUCUGUUUAGUGAUUUAAUUUUUUUUCGGAUAGAAUUUCAAAUAUCGGAAGUUUGGACUUUUUUUGAUUUGUAAAUAUAGACUUCACCAAUAGAUGUGACGUUUGGUAUCUAUAGAAAAGGAUUUCAUAAAAGUGCAUGAUGUGCCUUGGAAGGAGGUAUAUUUCGGUACAACUGGAAAAUUAAUUUUAAAAGAAUCCGUGAAGAACAAUUCGUAAGAGCGACUUUUUCCUUGUAAGAUGUCUGCCUAUAACUGUUCAGAUCCUAGCUCUAUCUCGAAUGGCUACUAUGUAGUAGAUAAGACUUACUAUGUGGACGGGGAUCAGGUAUACUUUGUGUGCCACUCCUCCUAUACUCUGAAUGGGAACCCCGUAUUUACGUGUGACGGGACCACUGGGAAUUGGUCGGGAACAUACCCAACAUGUUCCUCCACAACCACAACAACUGCGGCUCCAGACUAUGAAGAAUGGCUGUAUGUGGGAAUCGGAGUGAUUUCAUUUAUUGGUCUCAUUCUCCUGCUGAUCUUACUUUUACUGUUCCUGAAAUAUUGCUUACGUCUUUGCAGGAAAUGGUCACGCGUGAGUGCACUCCAUGGAAUCAAUGAACAGGUAGAGAUCGGCUGCUGUUACGCUUGCUGCACUAGAUGUUGUCUCAAGUGCUGGUCGUGCUGUCAGGAAAGCGGUGACGUCAUAAACGAGACAGGAACAAAAUCGAAAGCAAAACAAGUUCCCAAACAGAACUAUACCUCGUCAAAUUCAAAUUCGGUAUCGGUGAUUUCAGAAGAAACCGUGGAAACAUCGGUAACACCAUCCUUGAUUAAAAGAGAAGUGAAGCCGGCCAGAGAAUUAAACACAUGGAUGCCACACACCCAUGGAGUUAGAAACAACAACACCAGUACCAAAUAAUGGGAUGUGUUAUUUAUACAUUAAAUUGUAUGAAAGAACUGCCCCUGAAAGCAAACUGAUUUUUUAAACAAAGAACAAGGUGUUACUUCACUUUUUUUUUUAUUUCUUGUUUAAAAUUUUGCUUAUUCGCAAAUACACGUAUUGCAUAUUGACGACAUAACUUAAAGAUUAUGUGAAGUUUCUCCUAACGGGGAUUGUGUACUUAAAUUAUAGGGUAGAAAUGUAAAUAGUGUAAUAGGCUACACAUCUGUACUGUACUGUAUUUGUGCCAAAAAAUAUACUGUGAUAAAGAUUUGCUUUGAGAAUUUUUAUUUAUUAGCAAUUACUUUGUUAAUUUCUU